AUAUAUAUAUAUAAUCAGAUAGGUGGUGAUAUGCAAUGGUGAUGGAUCUCAGAAGAGAGACGAGAUUAGCGGUGGUUGGUCUGUCUCUUUUGGUGCUAGAAUUGUUUCUGGGUUCUCCCAAUUUCGUUAACGCCAACGCGGUCUUCAGAGUUCAGCACAAAUUUGGCGCUGGUGGUGGUGAUCGCGAGAGGCGUUUGAGUUCGUUCAAAGCCCAUGAUGUUCGUCGUCACCAAGGCAGAGUCUUGGCCGCUGAUAUCCCUUUGGGUGGCGAUGGAAGUCCCACAGCAACAGCGCUGUAUUACACAAGAAUUGGAAUUGGGUCUCCAUCGCAGAGCUACUAUGUGCAAGUUGACACAGGAAGUGAUAUUUUGUGGGUGAAUUGUGCCGGCUGCACUAAAUGUCCAAAGACAAGUGAUCUUGGUGUAGAACUAAGGCUAUAUGAUCCAACCAGCUCAUCAACUUCAAAAGAAGUCACAUGUGAUCAAGAAUUCUGCAGUGUGGUUUUUGGAGAUGCUCUUGGUGAGUGUAAAGUUGGAUCAAGCUGUCCAUAUACUGUUACAUAUGGAGAUGGGAGUUCAACCGCUGGAUAUUUUGUGAAGGAUAUUGUACAGUUGGAUAAGCCAUCUGGAAAUCUUCAAACCACAAUUUUGAAUGGUAGUGUUUCAUUCGGGUGUGCAAGUAAACAAUCUGGGCAGCUUGGUUCGACUUCAGAAGCUCUUGAUGGGAUAGUUGGUUUUGGACAAUCCAACUCUUCAAUGAUUUCUCAGCUUUCAUUGGCUGGAAAGGUUAAAAAGAUUUUUGCACAUUGUUUGGAUGGUGAUCUAGGAGGUGGGAUUUUUGCUAUUGGAGAAGUGGUGCAGCCCAAAGUCAAUUCUACUCCAAUAAUUCCUAACCAGCAACAUUACAAUGUAAAGUUGAAGGGAAUUGAGGUAGACAAGACUCCCAUAAAGCUUACACAUAGUCUAUUCGGUAGCCCAGAUAGAGGGGCGAUUGUUGAUAGUGGUACUACUUUGGCAUAUCUUCCAGAUGAGAUCUUCAAUCCAUUAAUGGCUCAGAUAUUGGAUGGAAAAUCCGAUUUGAAGUUCAUGCAUGUAGAUGAUCAAUUCACAUGUUUUACAUACAGUACAGAUGUAGACGAAGGAUUCCCACCUGUCAAACUCACUUUCGACCAAGAACUUACUAUGACAGUUUAUCCAAGAGACUACUUGUUCCGAGUUCGCGAUGACACCUGGUGUUUCGGUUGGAUGAAUAGCGGUAUCGAAAACAAGGAUGGGCAGGAGAUGUUACUUCUGGGAGAUAUGGUACUUGCAAAUAAACUUGUUUUGUAUGAUCUUGAGAACCAAACUAUUGGGUGGACAGACUAUAACUGUUCACAGCCGAUAAAGAUAAAGGACGAGGAGACAGGUGGUAUUUACGACGUUGGCUACCAUAUUCUCUCUUCGGGUGAUGUUGUAGCUUCCGGAUGGCUUGUUAUGAUGUUAUCGUUUUCAUUAGUCGCGUUCUUAGUGCACAAUUUCGAUUACAAUGAGCUGCUGGUGUAGAAAGCAGCCCAAAUAGAUUGUUGAUGGUAUGAUGGAAUUUUUUUAGAUAACCAACAGUUAGUUAUA